AGAACUUUGAGGUGGUGCGAGAAUAACUUUCCCACCUGUUGAAUACGUCACAUCGACGUCCGCCAUGUCUAGAAAACAGCCAAUCGUGGGUGUGCAUUAGUGAUGGUAUGUAGUGGGAGCAGAAGAGCUUGUCUGGUUGGCUCACUCGAGCUUCCCUCGUCUCUCCCUCGGGAUCCCGUUUAGAACCCCCGUAAAUGUUUCCGCAGAAUCUCACUUCACCCUGACAACGUCCCUGUGACAUCCUACGCGAUUCACUCGUCCCCAAAAGAAAAGAAAUUCUUUAACAAACAACUCUAAAAAAAAAAAUAACAAAAUAAAAAUCUAUUGUUCGUGCUAUCUACCAGUCAAUGUUUUUCUUGGGAUUUUUCAACCUUCUAUCAACAACGGAUCCUUCUCAGCUGGAAAUCAAGAUUUACCAAGAUCGAAGAUAAUCCUCCGUUCUAACAUCAUGAGUUACAACUACCAAGAAAUAAACAAAUCCGGACUCACACUGUGCAGAAAUUAACACCUGUUUAUUGUCGGAAUAAAAAAUCAACCUACAAUACACAAUAAACAAAUCGAACAAGUGACUUUUCAAAAAAUUUCUGAAGUGUUAAACAUUCAGUGAAUUAUACCAAACAUCAAAAACAGUUUUUGAAAAUAUUUUGUGAAUUUAUUUUUCGCCGAGGAAAAGAUUUUUAAAAACAGUGAUUCAAGUCACUUUAAAAACAAAAUAAUAAUAAUGAAAUUUUUGAUUCAAAAUGAGUGGUUAAAGUGAAGAAGAACGUUGCAGAUAAAACAAUUUUUUUAAGGUGCUUGUUUAAAUUGAUUGAGAAGAAUAUAUUUAUUUAAUUGUAUCGCCAUGUCGUCUAAAUCACUUCACAACGAACAUAUCAAAAGGCCCAUGAAUGCCUUUAUGGUUUGGUCACGAGGGCAGCGACGAAAAAUGGCACAGGAAAAUCCGAAAAUGCACAAUUCCGAAAUUUCCAAGAGAUUGGGUGCUGAGUGGAAGCUCCUCAGUGAAAGUGAGAAGCGACCCUUCAUCGAUGAGGCCAAGAGGUUACGGGCACUACACAUGAAGGAGCACCCAGAUUACAAAUACCGUCCACGUCGAAAGCCAAAAUCACUCGUCAAGAAGGAAAAUAAAUUUGGCUUUUCCCUCUCACCAUUGACAAUGUCACCAACCGAAUCUCUCAGUUCAAUUUCACGUGGUUUAAUACCACCUCUAGCAUCGCCAAUGAAUCAUUCUCUAAUUGCUCACGACGAUCUCAAAAUUCCCCGAUUUUUCCCCCACUUUCCCUAUCCUCUCUAUCCAAUUCAACACAAAUUAGGCGAGGACUUCAGCGGCGGUAAGCUCGCCGCUGAUUUAGCCUUCCAAGCAAUUUACGGAUCAGGUGGUACAUUCUACUCCGGACAUCAAUCAGUCACAUGGCCCGGUAUCACGACACCAACUUGUCUUCAACCAAAUUGCGGCUGUCCAAGUCCAUCGAAAGAGCCAAAGAGAACAUUCCUCCCCGAGAAGCCCGAGGAUAAACCUUUCCCAAGUCCCGUCAAACCAGACGACGAUCGUUUCAGUCUCGACAAUAGGGACAGUGUCAGAGAAGAAGGUUGCUACAGAAAAAUUGAGGACAAUUUCACAUCAUCAGAUAAGCCUCAAGAAGAGGACAAAUCCGAUGAUCGUUAUUCAUCAUCGCCACCACCUCCGCCGCCGCCAGUGGAGAGAUUCGAAAAAUUUCGCAAUAUCUCCACUGUUCUUAGCUCCCUACCGUCGACGACAAAAACCGAGAGCAGUAGUGUUUUCUCAGUGCAAAGUCUCACGGGGAAUACAUCGACGAGGGGUCAUGUUAUAUGAAGACCGCUUCCGGUUCUCCCGGAUCUGAAUUUUCGGGGGAACCUCAUUACCAAUUGGACGACACCCGAUUGGUGGCGUGUGCCUCCAAUUUUGUCGCCAAUUUCCCAAACUUCUUGCACUGCGACUGAUCUAUCGACAACGACGACAACCAUAACAAGUGGAGUAUCGUCUAGAAGAGACGAUGACGACUCCUCGAGAUUACUGAGUAAUCCCAGAACUCCGAGAACUUCUUCCGUUGCCAGUGUUCAGUGAACUUCGGCAUUACAUCCGUUAUAAUUUUCAAUUCGUCUUUUAUUUUUUUUAAACAUUUCUUUUAACCGAAUUAAUUUCUCAAUGAUCAGCGAUAGGAGGAGCGAAUUUCUCUGACAAGGCAAAAAUUAAUACAGUGGAACUUGGAUUAUCCUACUCUCUAAAUUUCAAUUAGUUAAAAAUAACUAAUUUGAUAGCAAAAAGUCAGUCACUGAUUCAAACAGUAAUUGCAAAAAGUCAUCCAUGAUUUUUCUAAUGCUAGUUAUUUUUAACUAAUUCAAAUUUAGAAAGUAUUUGGGUCGGACCUGACAGUCGAUUAUGUAACCAGAGAAAGUAUUUAAAAAUGCAGACUUUACAAAUCAACAAUGAAAAAUUACGGACCAAUUACUGUCAAAAAUAUAACCAGUCCGAAUCAAAUAAACGAACAUUUUGCUUAAAACUAUAAAUUAAAUUUUUCAUAACUAUAAAACAUGAAGAU